AUGAACGUUCGUUGGACAGUCCCCGACCCUAUCCCCGAGAUCGAACACAGCGACAGCGGCGUCCAUAGCAUCGAUUCCUCCGACUUCUCCGGCUCGCACGAGUCGCACUUCCCCAGCUACGCCGAACAACAAAAGGCGAAAGAGCAGGCAGAUGAAGCUGCAUUCCAAGCCGAGCGCGCCGCCGACCGCGCCGCGCAAGACGCAAAGGAAUUCACCGCCCAAGCCGAAGCCGAACUCCAGCGCCUGGAAAAGGAAGCAGGCACGAAAUACGACCAAUUCAGCGCGGAUGCCAAAGCCUCGUACGAGAAGUGGAAGAAGGAGGCCGACAAGGGCUACCACAAGGCGAAGAAGGAGGUGAAGAAGGAUGCGAAGAAGGUGAAGGAGGAGAGCAAGGAGGCCGGCCGCUGGGCGGACAAGAACAAGGAGAAUCCCGUGGUGAUUGGGAAUGUUAUCGCCGUGGCUGCGCUUGGUGGAUUGUUGGGAAUUGGGGCUUAUAGGCUUCAUCAGAGGAACGAGCUCACGUGGAAGGUGGCGGGUGCGUGGGCGGGGAUUGUGGGCUUGUUUGCCGUGGGGGAUUACUACGUGUCGCAAUUCUUCUUCAAGAAGUACCCGCCCAAGCAGUAA